GAGUUUACGCCAUCUCCAGUACGCCCGUAGUCCGCGUCUAGCUUCUGUUUAAAUUUCGAUUUUGAGUUGCAUUUCGCGGUUUGUGGAAAAUGUAAUUGCAAUCUUUCCUCGCCGAUACACUCGUGAAUCUCCCCCGUCUUGGGACUUUUACCUCGAGGUUUCACCGCCUCGUCCUUUCUCAUCCGCGUUUAAAAGCGGCGAGUAUUGUCUCUGCGGUUGUUAUUGUCGCGGACUCCGCUGGCGGGAAACACCUAACCUCAAAUCGUCGUGGUAGAUAAAUUCUAGCACGUUUACGGAUCAAGAUGGCCGAGCGAUUAGAGGAUCUGAACCUGCCCAACGCAGUUGUGACAAGAAUCAUCAAGGAGGCAUUACCGGAGGGUGUGACAGUCGGAAAGGACGCCAGGACGGCGGUGGCGAAGGCCGCGUCCAUCUUCAUACUCUAUCUCACGUCGUCCGCCAACAUAGUUGCCAAGAAGGGCAACCGCAAGACUAUCAGCGGAGCGGACGUAAUACAGGCGAUGGUGGACAUCGACUUUGAUCAGUUUGUCGAUCCACUGCAGGAAUCUCUGGAGAACUUCAGGAAGAUUCAGAAAGAAAAGAAGGACGCGACGUCGAAGAAGAAGCAACAGAAGAAGGAUGACGAUGAUGUGAAUGGUGAAGAUGAAGACGCGGCAAAAGAAGUUAUAGAAAUUUUCUAGCAAGUGAGAGCUUGUCACAUACUGUUCUUAAAUAAGUAUAAUAGUUUACCUAUGAUAAGAAUAUUUUAAGAUAUUUAUAAUAGAAAUUAAAUGCUCAAAUGUGAAUGGUAAUAAGAACAACUAUCAUCUAUGCACUAUGAAGCCAGUUAAAUAAAAGAUCAAUAUAUUUAUUUUAAUUACACUUUUAUAAUAAGAGCAGAUAACAUGUAGAACAUAAUUUUUUAAUGAUGUGCAUUUUUAAUAAUUUUAAUAAUUUAUAAAUGAUAUGUCAUGUUUUUUGUGCAAAAAAGAAAAGAAUUGAGUUAAAAGUUGGAGAUCGCGAUUUGCAUAAAUGAGAACUUUAUUAUAUUAUUUUACAGAAGUCUUAUACAAUCAAAUAACGCUAAGAUUAAAAUGAAAAGGUAACAUUCAAGUUGUAUUGAUUCCCAUAGAAACGAUUGUUUAUCAAAAUUUGUAAAAAUUAUUUUUUAUAAAAGCUUGCACUAAUUUUUUCGCAUUUAACUACCAACAAAUUUUAUAUUUUUCUCUCAGGUGUGAAUAUGUAUAUAUAUGUUCUCAUGUAUUUUGCAAUUUAGCAAGACAUAUUCGCGAUUGAUUUAAUUACAAUAGAAUAGUUGUAUUUUGUGAAGCUAUAAAAUAUAUGUAAUGUUUUUCAA